GUAAUCUGCUCCCAGUCCAACGUGGUUCCUUCUCUAAGAGUGCCGCUUCUCGUCCACACUUAUUUGCUUUAUGAAGAAGCAGCGAUGAACGCCGAACAGGACAGACCGUACGUCUGCAACGCCCCGGGAUGCACCCAGCGCUUCCCCACAGAGGACCACCUGAUGAUUCACCGGCAUAAACACGAGAUGACACUGAAAUUUCCAUCUAUAAAGAAUGACAACAUGCUUUCAGACCAGACUCCAACCCCGACACGGUUUCUGAAGAACUGUGAGGAGGUGGGGCUCUUCAGUGAGCUGGACUGCUCCAUAGAGCAGGAGUUCUGUAAAGCCCAAGAGGAGGACAACAAACAGAACCUGUCUCUGCAUGGCCCGGGGGGGCAGAACCAGCACCAGGGCAGCCACAUGCGGGUGGCGAACCACGGCUCGGGCAUCGUCAUGCAGCAGGCUGUCCCUUCGCCCCAGUCCAGCUCGGUCAUCACGCAGGCGCCAUCCACUAAUCGGCAGAUCGGGCCCGUCCCUGGCUCGCUGUCUUCCUGGCUCCACCUCAGAAACAGGCAACGCCAACCGCUGGCUGCCUCCAUGGCCGGCCCGCUGCCUGAUCCCAGCAUGCCCGGCUCCUCCGCGGUGCUCAUGCCCGUAAAUGGAAGCCAGAUGAGCAUGGGCUCCAGCGUGAUGAGCAUGCAGAGCCCCGCCCACAGCAACGUCUGCUCCGCCUCCCACAUCCCCCCCAUGCACUCAGAGACAAAACAGAGGCUAAAGGCUGCACUCGGACAUCACCCUGGAGCCAUCGCCAACGGCAACAUGAACGCCAUGGGUCACAUGAUGGAGAUGAUGUCAUCCCGGCAGGAGCAGGCCGCCCAUCAGCACCUGCACUCCCACCCGCACCCGCAGCAGCACAUGCAGGCCCCCCCCCACGGCUACCAGCACCACGCCCAUCCGCACCAGCACCACCACAGCCACGCGCAAGGCCACGCCCAGAGCGGGCACCACCACCCGCAGAGCCACGCCCACCACCCUCACCCUCCGCAUCUGCAUCCUGGCCACGCCCACCAGACCUCCCCCCACCAGUCACUCCACUCCAGAGCCCCCUCCCAGCCGUCUCCGGCCACUCAGCAGAUGCAGCCCACGCAGAGCCUGCAGUCACCGCAACCCAGUGGCGGCCGGCGCAGGCGGGUCGUGGACGAAGACCCGGACGAGCGCCGGAGGAAGUUCCUGGAGAGGAACCGUGCGGCCGCCACACGCUGCCGGCAGAAGAGGAAAGUGUGGGUGAUGUCGCUGGAGAAGAAGGCGGAGGAGCUGACACAGACCAACAUGCAGCUGCAGAACGAGGUGACCAUGCUGAAGACAGAGGUAACCCAGCUGAAGCAGCUGCUGCUGACCCACAAAGACUGUCCGGUCACGGCCAUGCAGAAGGAGUCACAGGGGUAUCUCAGUCCGGAAAGCAGUCCGGCAGGAAGUCCCAGUCCCGUGUGCACGCAACAGCAGGUCAUCCAACACAACACCAUCACCACCUCCACCGCAGUAGGGGGCGACGUUGUGCUGGGCCAGCUCAACACUCGCACAGGCAUCAAUCCCAUCCUUUAGAGACUAUCCCUGACUCCACCCACUGGUCUGUUCCAGGGAUUCACAUGUGUCAGGAUUCUUGCAGAAAAAAAAAAAAACACUCAAGCUUGAAAUUUGUUUUUUCUAUACGGUCUUUUCUAGCUUUAUGGUUUUGUGUGUCUUUUCGCAAUUUGUGAUCUUUUUAGCUUAAACAGAUAUUCAGGAUUUGAGCCUCCUUUCCCUACAGCCUUAGAGAUAUCUCUUCCUACUUCUGUCCUAAACCAAACAGACCAAAGCACUGUGGUUGGAGAAUACCACCCCCCACCUCACCCCACCCCAGGAAACCAGUGUUCCCUCUGACCAGCUGCCUCUUCUGCCUUGAAAUAUCCCACAAAGUUGCAUCUCUGUUGUUUAACAACAGCCCCAAUGUCUGGCCUAAUUUUCAAAUUGUCACCUACGAUUUGAUUGUUUUAAGACAAAAAAAUAUAUAAAUACCCAAGACCUUGAAUCUACUUUGAUGGUAAACUUUGAUCUUAUCAUCAGCAUACUGGGGUCUCAGUGACGCCUGCCUCUGACGACAGUGUCAUGCAGUCUCACAUUUUUGGGCCUGGCUCUGGUUCAGGUGGCAGGUGCCAGUCAGACACGCGCACACAGACACACACACACAAAAGUUUGUAAUUAUAUCUUUGUGGGGACUCAUCAUUAAUUUCUAUGGGGAAAACUCUAAUCCCAACCUGAUUACCUUAACACCUACCCAACCCUAACCUUAACCAUAAGUAACCAGACAAAAUACACUUUUGGUAACUUUACUUUUUUGAUUCACAGAUCUUUGUGGGGACCUGGAAAAUGGUCCCCACAAUGUAAUAUAAGCCUAAUCCACACACAGAGACGCCCACACACACAGAGGCACGAUUAUGAAUGUUCAGGCACCCAUUGGCGGCGUUCUUGCAUCACUCCCGGACCGUCUGGCGACACCCCCCUCCCCAUCUUAGGUUCUCUUAUGCGGCUUUUAAUGCACUUUGUCCUCUGCGGGACCCGGGGGUGGACAAAUUGCAGCCCUUUUUUGCACACUGUGGGGUUUACCGGUGUUAUUGUGAACUGGAAUGGUGUUUUCAUGUUUGCAGGCGGGGGGGGGGGGGGGCGUGUGGUGGUGACACGUAGCGGGUUAAAGAGACAAGGAAGAGAAGGGCCGACCGCGAAAUCAUCUCGUUAAAACUCUCAGCGGAUCCGUCAGUUUAGUGCCAUUGUUUCCUCACACGCAGACGAAUAUUUCCUCUCCGAAUGCUUCCACCCUCGCUCACCCUGGUUCUCGGCACCCUUACCCUGUCUGUGACCCAGGUCGCCUGUGUCAUCCUGUCAGCUCUGACCCCCCCCAGCGCCAGCGAAUCAGAGACAGCAGACACGUGCCACAUCUAAGCCCAGCUCUCGCGAAAUCUUUGGCUUCAGCUUUGACUUAACGCUGGGUAACAGUGCGUGCUUCCGGGGUGUUCUGUGCAGGGAGUACAGUGUGUAGGACGUGAAAACAGCUUCCUAUGUAGUGUAAACAUGUAUCAUAAUGAAACCAUACAUACUGUAUAGAAUUUAAUAACUUUGUAAUCUUGUACUUGCAAGCAUAACCACCUUUCUCUCUGAAAGGAGUCAAUGGUACAUAUUUGUGCAUAACAUUUUAAUAGCACUUAAUACUUUCAAGAUUCAUGUCUCCUAUAUCAGAACAUUUAUUGUUAAUUUUAUUAUGCAUAAUAGAUAAAAUUCAUACAGGUUUGUAUAACUUUGUAUAUUUCUAUGAGUUUAUUAAUGCCUCAGACUUGUCCUCUGUUUUGUGUUUUUAUGCAUUUGUACAAAUGUGAAAUAUCAGCGCAGAUCCAGUAUGAAAAUAAAACACUCAUCU